AUGGCUCUUCUCAACAGAGCUAAUGCAUAUUCAAAGAUAGAAAACGAAGACCCGGAAGAAACGAAGCACCGUUUGGCGCAAUUCUUGAUCUACAAGGCUAUGCAGAAAGCCGAUAGUGAUGCGAGAAGAAGGCCAUCUCGGUUGAGGGUCAAAAUGAUCAAGCUGAAGGUCAAGAUUGUAGCUGUUCAAAGCGUAGGAGGCAUGCGCCACCAUCCCGAUCGCUGCAAGCCGUCUACCUCCGUUGAAUCCACCACCCCGCCUCAAACCGACCAGUCUCCCUCUCCGGAUUCGAGGCCGUACUUCUCGCCGUUUACUCGUCCGAGACCAUAG